AUGACGUUUUAAAAUCAAAGGGUUUAUUUUUGUGUUAUUAUUAGAAAUGGAUUUUACUUCAUUUUUUGUUUUAAAUGGAAAAGUAGGCGCAGUUCCUUCUUUAUCAGGAUCAUAUCUAGCUUCACUUGUUUAUCCUUCGCGAUUGAUUAUACGUUCUACUGCAUCUCUUUCUAUUAAACGUGUUAUAAAUCUUGAUCCUGAGUUUUUCCAAAGAAUUAUAUUUUUGAAAUGGUGUUAUAUUGAAGGAAGUGACAAAAUUCUUGUUGCUGAUGAUAAAAAUGCAAAAGCAUGGAUUAUAGAAGAUGAGAAAUGGGAACUUAAUAUUUCAGAUGGUUAUGGUAUUAAAAAUAUACAAUGGGGUCAAAAUGGAUCUGAAAUAUUAGUAUGGACGGAUUUUAUGCUGAAACUUACUGUAUGGUCACUUUCGAAAGACAGUGGAUCUACUAUACAUUAUCCUAAAUUUUUUAGUAAAGGAUAUGAUUAUCGUCCUACGUCAACUCAUUUUGUUCUUAUUACUCGGCCUGCAUCCCAUGAUUUUAUUAGUAUUUUUGAUUGCAGUUUUAAUCCGUGGAGACUUUUAAAAAAAUGGUGUUUACCUACUAUGGAUGCUCAAGGUUGUAGCUGGUCCCAAGAUGGAAAAUGGCUAGCCGUUUGGGAAUCGCCUAUGGAAUAUAAAAUACUUUUAUAUACACCUAAUGGUUAUCUUUUACAACAGUAUUCCGCAUAUGAUAUUGGUCUUGGUAUAAAGACUGUUCAAUGGAAUCCUCCUACAGGAAAAUUUAUUGCUGUUGGUUCGUUUGAUGGAAAAGUACGAUUUCUUGACAGUUUUACGUCUAAUUCUGUUAUUGAGAUAACACAUGCAGCUAUUGUAAAAUUUGAUGGUGUUACUGUGUGGAGGGAAAUUAUGUCACCUAUGUUAAUUCCAAAGUAUGAAAUUGUGCCUCAGCCUGUUUCUCUUCCUUUUAUACGACCAAAUACAGAGGAUCCAUCAUCAUUUCUUGGUGUGGGGAUAUUGUCAUUUAAUAAGGAUGGUACUUUAGUUGCAACUCGAAAUGACAAUAUGCCUACAAUAUUAUGGAUAUGGUCUUUGUCUGAUCUUACACCCAUUGCUAUUUUGAUUUAUUGUAAUCCUAUAAAAGCUGUUAAAUGGUGUCCUUUUAAUCCGUUUCUAUUAAGUCUUGUUUGUUCUGGCGAAUCAAAAAUUAAUAAUUGUGUCUAUUUAUGGAAUUAUCAAUGGGAUGAACCUAGAGCAUUUUCGAUACCAAAAUAUGAUUUUAAUGUGAGAUGGCUACGUUGGUUGGAGAAGCCACAAAAUAUAGAUAAUCUAGAACGAACAGGCAUUGUUAUAGGUGACAAAGAAGAAUUUGUUAUUGGAUAUAUUAUAGAUGAUAAUGUUAAAGAUAUUAUUAAUUAAAAAAAUGAGCAUAGAUUCAUAUAAAAGUUAGACGGUAAUGUCGA